AUGGCUUGGACCAGGCUCUCUUUGGAGCUUCAGCCGCUGGCUCUCAAGACCCCGGGGCCUCUCGCCUCGCGCGCGGGCGCCCGCGGGCGGAACCGUGGAGCGAUCGCGGCGGCGGUCGCGCAGAUGCUCGCGGAGUCGGCCAUAUGCCGAGCCGCGGAUCACAAGGGGGACGUCCGCGGAGCUGGGGAGGCCUUCCAGGGGGCCGAGGAGGACGUCGACGGAGCCGAGGACGCUUGCCGGGAGGCCAUCCGCCUCCAGCCAGACCACGCAGAGUCUCAUGUCAAGUUGGGUUGUUUGCUGAUCGGCCGCAAGAGAGAUGUCGAAGGAGCCGAGAGGGCCUUCCGGGAGGCGAUCCGCCUCCAGCCAGACAGCGCGGAGGCUCACUACAGCAUGGGCGCGCUGCUCUUCGGCCACACGACGGACGUCGACGGAGCCGAGGAGUCUUUUCAGGAGGCGAUCCGGUUGCAGCCGAAGCAUUCGAUGGCUCGCUACUCCCUGGGGCUUCUUCUCCUCGGCCACCCGGGCAACGGCGGCAACGCCGACGGAGCCGCGGGGGCCCACCGCGAGACGAUCCGCCUCCAGCCGGACGUCGCGCAGGCCCGCGCCCAGCAGGGGAGCGACCUCCUCGCUCGCGGGGGCGCCGCCGCCGAGGCCGGCCCGGCGGCCGAGACGGCAAAGCUUGACUACACAUGCUCGAGGCGGAGACGGAGACUGCACGCCCUGGCGGAGCCGGAGACGCGGGCGGCGCGUCGGGCCGCCGAGAGGGCCCCGUGCGCGGCGGCUGGUGGGCGGCUGCGGGCAGCCACGCGGGGCCUGCUGGGCGCGGCUCGAGGCUUGCGCUCCAAGGUCUUGCAGGCGGUCGUGGGCGAGAGUGCCUUGGAGCCGCCGUCAGCAAAGCUCACCAUGCAGGAAAUCUUGGACAAGAUAGAUCUUUUCGUCAGCGAUUUCACGGAUAGCGAGUCCGAGGCUUCAGACCGUCGCGGCGACGAGGAAGAGACUGAGUUGGCCACUGAGGAGGUGACAGGUGCCACAGCGGCCGUCCGUCAAGUGCUCAAGAACGCCCUCGUGGCGGGGGGCGUCGUCCGUGGCUUCAGAGAGGUUUGCAGGCACGUCCGAGGCAAGAGGGCACAGGUGGUCUUCCUCGCGGAGUCCUGCGACGAGCAGGACAAGAUAGACAUCGGGCUGUGCCUGGAGAAGAACGUGCCCCUGAUCGACGUGCCGGACAACAAGUCGCUCGGCGAGUGGGCGGGGCUCUGCCGCAUCGACAAGGAGCGCCCGGUGCUGCCCCGCGCGGGCUCUGGGCGUCCGCCCGUCCAGCCAGGGCCUCUCUUCCCCAGCUCCCCGCUCCCCUCCCCUCCGCCCCCCGCUUCCAGCUUGGUGCCUCCGCCUGCCUGCUCCCUGCUCCCUGCUUCCUCCUCCAGUUCCCUCGCCACCCUGCUGCUGCUCCUCCUCCCUCCUCCUCCAGCGCCUCUCUGCAGUUACGCACUGUGA